UUUUUCCGGGUGGAAUUGCAGAAGAUUCCGUGUACAUGGAGAAGACGAGCGACCUCAACGAGUACGUCCUGAACGAGAGCGGCCGAAUCUUCUACGGCACCGAGGACCAGAUCGUCGACAGAUCCUGGAAUUAUGGCCAGGUCCGACCCAGAAAUCCCAAAAACCAGCUGGGAACUGGGAGGGACUGGUUUAUACUGGGAGGGACUGGGAGGAAACUGGAACAAACUCCCCAUUCAUUUUUCCAGGUGAAUUCCCUGGACGACAGCGGGGUGCUGGUGGGGAACUGGACGGGCGAUUACUCGCAGGGCACGAACCCCUCGGCCUGGGCGGGGUCCGUGGGGAUCCUGCGGCGAUUCCUGAGCUCCGGGGCGCCCGUCAGAUACGGCCAGUGCUGGGUGUUCGCGGGGGUCGUCACCACUGUCCUGCGCUGCCUGGGGCUCCCCACCCGCACGGUGACCAAUUACAACUCCGCCCACGACACCGACACCUCGCUCACCACCGACAUCUACCUGGACGAGAGCAUGCGGCCGCUCGAGCGCCUCAACACCGACUCCGUCUGGAAUUUCCACGUGUGGAACGAUUGCUGGAUGAAGCGGCCGGACCUGCCCGAGGGCUACGAUGGGUGGCAGGUGGUGGACGCCACCCCCCAGGAGACCAGCAGCGGGCUGUUCUGCUGCGGUCCAUGCUCAGUGAAGGCGGUGAAGAACGGAGAGGUUUUCCUCAAGUACGACACGCCCUUCGUUUUCGCUGAGGUGAACAGCGACAAGGUGUACUGGCAGCGGCAGGCGCACGGCGGCUUCGCUGUGGUGCACGUGGAGGAAGGCGCCAUCGGCCGCAGGAUCAGCACGCUGGCGGCGGGGUCAGCGGCCAGAGUGGACAUCACUGACCAGUACAAGCACCCCGAGGGUGAGGAUGGACAGGGGGGCACCCAUGGGGCUGUCACCAUUGUCACCCAUGGCUGUCCUGUCACUGUCACCCAUGGGUGUCACCCUUUCCCAGAGGACACGGUGACAAUGACGGUGACAUACGCCGAGUACCAGCCGCACGUGGGUGACCAGGACGCGCUGAAGUUGACGGCGGCCGGGACGGUGCAGGAGACCGGGCAGGUUUUGGCCAAGGAGCUGCGGGUGCGGCUGCACACCCCGGAGCUCACCCUGACGGUACGAGAGACGGGGGGUUUGGGGUGAUGGGAGGGGUCCCCG